AUGGGGAAGACAAUAACUUUGGAAGUUGAAAGCUUUGACACCAUCCGUAAAGUGAAGGCCAUGAUUGAGGACAUAGACGGGACUCCACCACAUCAGCAGCACUUGAUCAUAGCUGGGAAGAACCUCGAUGUUUCUGGAACUCGAACUUUGAUGGAAUAUCAAAUGCCACGUGUUUGUAUAUUGUACUUGAGUCUCAAGUUUGAAGAUGAUAUGCGAAUUUUUGUGAAGACUGCGACAGAGAAGACCAUUAUGCUGGUGGUGGAGAGCUUGGACACCAUUGGUAGUGUGAAAGAAAAAAUUCUGGACAUAGAGGGGAUUCCUUGUCAUCUACAACAAUUGUUCUUUGCUGGGAACAAGCUCGAGAAUGAUAAAAUUUUGAGAGACCAUAACAUCAAAAGAGAAUCUACAUUGGACCUUUUUCAUGUUCAGAGGUUUGGAGGAGAUGAUAUGCAGAUUUUUGUUGAGACUUUGACAGGGAAGACCUUCUCCCUGAGGGUGAAGAGCUUGGAGACAAUUUAUUACGUGAUGUCAAAAAUUUGGGUCCUAGAGGGGAUUCCGGUGAGUCACCAAGUGUUGUUCUUUGAUUGGAGGCGUCUAGCGUAUAAUAAAACAUUGAGGGAUUAUGAUAUUCAAAAUGAAUCUAAAGUGAACGUGAUGGAUGUUAUGUGUCCAGGUGGGUAUGAAACUUUUGUUAAAACUUUGACAGGCAAGACAAUCCAGAUUCAUAUGGGAGCUUUGGACACCAUUGGUAAUUUGAAGGCAAAGAUUCAGGAGAUAGAAGGGAUUCCACCACUUCAUCAGCAUUUGGUCACUUCUGCAAAGACCCUUGAGGAUGUUAGAACUUUGGCCGAUUAUAAUAUCCAACAAGAAUCUACAUUGGAUCUGGUUCCGAGGUUUGGAGGAGGUGAUAUGUGGAUUUUUGUUCAGUUUUUCAGGGAAGAGUUCAAGACCAUCAUGCUGGAGGUAGAAAGCUCGGACACCAUUAAAGAUGUGAAGGCAAAGAUUGAGGAGAUGGAGUGCAUUCCCAUUGAGCAACAGAGACUUUAUUUUAAUUCUAAGGAACUAAAUAAUAGGCUGACUCUGCUUGAUCAUAGUAUUCAGCACGAGUCUACUCUGUUCCUUCGCUUUGUAACUGCGGAUGGUCGAUCAUGA